UCGUUGCUACGACUGGGCUAUAAGAAAUGUCUAACUUUGGUAGAACAUGGUUUCUACCAUGCUGUUUAGUUGAUAGUGUUUUAAUGAUAGGGGUUGUCUUAAGUUCACCCUUGAUAAUUGUUAUUCUGAUCGUCCUUCAAGUUCACCGACAGAUUGUUAAAGCAUUGUUAGUCAUAAGAUAUGGUGCAUCGUUUCGAGGAUUGUUAGAAGGAAUGGAUGUGGUGUGGGCUGUACAAUCCAAUAGUUCGAAAGCAAUGGCAAACGUUCUGCUUUUAUUUGAUAUGAAGUCAUCGACAAACGCCAGCAAUGAAAUUUCGCUUACACUACGCAAACGGAUGGAACAUCACCUGAAAGGAACAGUUUACGAAAAAAUGUUCUGGCAACGGUGUCUGCAAUGGGGCUAUUACUUUUGGCUACAAGAUCAUAAAGUGUCGUUCGAUCAUCAUAUACGUCAACUAGAUACGUUGCCAAAUAUGAAAGCAGUGUCACGGAAGGAUCUAUGUCGGCUGAUAGGUUCAAUGAGUACUCAGGAAUGCAAAGGAAAUGCAUCUUGGGAGAUUCUUAUCGGAAAGCAACCAGUUUAUUAUCGGCAAGGCAAUGCGUCUAUGGUUCCAGUUAUUUUCAGAUAUCAUCAUUCUAUUGCAGAUGGUGUUGCAAUGUUCCGAUUGCUAUGCAACGAUUUCCUUGACAACGAUCAGGUUGCUAUGCAUCAAUUUGAACACGGUGAUGUUGCAACUACGUUUCAUCCAGAUAAAGACAGCCAGCUGCCGAUAAUGCCUACCGUUGGUUGGCGUAAGCUUUGGCAGGUGUUCUUUACUGCACCCAGGUUUUUGAUUCAUGAAAUAUUUUUCAAACGUGAAGCUAACAUCUUCUAUGGUCCAAAACCCAGUGAACGUAAAGUAACGUACUGGGUGCGAGAAGACUCUAAUGCCGAAUUAGACAUGAUCAUACCAUCAAUGAUAAAAACGAUUAAAAAAGUAAAAGGAUUAAUGAAAGGAUGUAGUUUUACUGACGUAUUUCUACUGGCAUUUGCUAUGAGCUUACGAAACCAUUGCAAGCGGAAAAUGACGAAUAUUCCGUUCCUUACUAUUAGUAUUAUGCGCCGUUUUGAGCGAGAAUCCAAAAUUGUUCGGUUGUAUAAUCGUUCGUCGCCCGUGUUUCAGACACUUCCUAUAGGAUGCCUGCCGGUUCCAAAUUCCCCCCGCAAUACACUGGAGCUGUUAGCACAACUAUUUAGUAUGAAAAAGGAAAGCGACGCUGUGCUUUCUUCUGGGAACGCUUUGACAACCUACUGGAGUCUUUCAUACCUACCUGUUUUACUGCCUGUUCCAGUCAUGCGCAUAAUAUUCGCGAGAAGCAAAUUUUCUAUAGCAUUUUCUAACAUUCCUGCGUUGGAGAAAAAUGUUUCUGUUGGCGGAUUCGAUCUCCUGGACGCUUGUUUUUGGGUCCCAAAUAUUGAAGGUAACCUUUUCGGGUUAACUGUUUUAACAACUAAUGGAAGGCUACAGAUUGGUGCAAUUGCCGAUCAUUUAAUUAUUGGGGGCGAAGAAGAACUAGAGAACAUACUAAAUGAUACAAUUAGUGAAUUGCAAAAUUAUGCCAAGUUAUUAAGUUAAUACAGUUUAAGCGUACAACUUGUUUAGUUUAUUAGGUCUAUAUGUUAUGUAAGGCCAUUCCUGGAAGGCAAUUGCGUAGUUUGUUUUUGAUAUGAAAUACUUUUGAAAAAUUCUUUAAAAAAAUAAAAUUAAAAAUUAUUUAAUUCAAAAAUCAUACCAAUAUCCUCGAGUCUAUUACGAGAUUCUUUGAGAUUUCCCAAAAUAAAUGCUAUUUCUAUGCUAAGUUGCUUCCAUUUCAGAUGGAUAAAGAAAAUCUUUCUACAACCCCUACAGAAGCUCUUGCGAUUUAAGCAUGGAAUCGAAAAAUAAACAUUCCAGUUUC